GCUCGGGCCGGCGCGCGUGGGUGCGACGGAGACAGACGGCCGCUGGGCGGGGCGAAGCGACAGCCAGGGUCCGAGCCGGGGCCAGAGCCGCCCGGCUGAUUGUGCCGUGUUUGAGUUGAGAGCAAGCAGACAGCUAAUAUAGACGUGUCCUCGGCGAGUGUCACUUCCCUCCUCCGCCAGUCCGUCUGACUCCGUCACUCCGAGUCGCGCGGUGUUAGUGUGAACAUGUGUGCCUAAGGCGCCCGAGGCAGUGCUCCAGUGCUUCCCAGUGCAUCCCAGUGCAUCGCAGUGCAGUGUACCAUGGCUUUGGAGACGGAAAGGUGCUCACCCAGCAGCGCGACCAGCGCGUCCAGCCCCAGUCCGGGGCCCAACCAGCACGGCGUGCAGCACCAGCGGCCCGCGCUGCCCUCCUCGCCGGCCCAGCAGCAGCGCUCGCCCUGCACCUCGCCGUCGACGUCCCCCGGAUGUACGUCCCCGGGCAUCUCACCCUCCUCACCGGUGAUCAUCCCCAAGACCGAGAUCGUGGAACACGGUGAGCGGUCGCCGUGCAGCCCGUCGCCGCCGCGGGCUUCGUUCUCCAUCAUGCACAAGGAGCGCACCAUCGCGCACCCGCGGCCGCUGCCGGCCGUGCCCGCCCCCGCCGUUUACCUGCCGCCGCCCUUCCAGGAUGCCUUGGACUACAGGCUUCUGGCCAGAGGACACAUCCACCGGCCUUUCCUGGACCACCACGGCGCCCUGGGCCCGGCCUUGCAGGGCCCCCUGGGCCUGCACCCGCUGCAGCAGCUGCAGUACGUGCACCCCGAGUUGUACCACCCCGUGCCCCUGCUGCACUCUAGUCAGCCCCCGAUGGAACUGCUGCGACCGCUGCAGCCCGAGCCCCCACUACCCUUCUCCGUCGACAACAUCCUGCGACCCGACUUCGGACGCACAGCCGUCAAGAGGAAAAGCAGCGUCCUGGACGCGCCCCUCUCGUCGGCGGGGGUCCUGACGCCGUCCAGCCUUCCCAAUGGCCUCCCCGGCGUGCCCGCCCGGCCCGCCGCCGUCCCCAAGGCCGCGAAGAAGCCCCGGACAGCACCGCCGGUACCCAUCCCCGCGCCGGCGCCCACGACGGCCACCCCCGCGGUCAGCCCGGCCAAGAGCAUAGCCUCGGACGUGACGUCCACCAGCGGCGACGACGCCUCCAAGGACGGCGAGGACAAGAGCAAUAUGUGGCCCGCCUGGGUCUACUGCACCCGCUACUCCGACCGACCUUCCUCAGGUCCCCGGUCGCGGAGGAUGAAGCGCAAGGAGAAGCCCACCCCGGAGGAGAAGAGGCCGCGGACGGCGUUCAGCGGCGAGCAGUUGGCGAGACUGCGGCACGAGUUCGCAGAGAACCGCUACCUGACCGAGCGGCGGCGCACCGAGCUGGCGCGCGAGCUGGGCCUCAACGAGGCGCAGAUCAAGAUCUGGUUCCAGAACAAGCGGGCCAAGAUCAAGAAGGCGACGGGCUCGAAGAACCCGCUGGCGCUGCAGCUCAUGGCGCAGGGCCUGUACAACCACACCACCGUCCCCAUCGACGAGGAAGAGGAGGAGGCGCAGAACGCCAUGAUCCUGGCGGCCCAGCAGCGGCAACAGCAGCAGCAGCAGGCCAUGUAGUGCGUCGAGGAGGAUAAGGACGAUCUGUGAGCUCGCCUGAGAAGUGACCUCCCACAUGAGUGUGACGCCUGGUGCCACAAGAGGUUCGACUGGCCAAGCAACCUCUUCUUUGUUUUUGUUGUUGCUAUGAGGUUGUGAGGAUAUAUUUGCCGCCAUUCGUGGGACCUUGUCAUCAACCAGUUGCAUGCUCAUGUAUAGAAACAAGGCUGAUCUUUUUCUUUCUAAUUUAAGUGUCCAUUGCGGUUAAUUAUAGAAUGUGUUGUAGUUUGUUAAAUUUUAAUGGUAUGAAGUACUUUUGUGUAGCGUCUGUGUGAUCAAUGAGCGUACGCGCUGUGUUUUCUAUGCAACAGGAUGGAGUGUUGGAGUAGUGUCCUGUGUUUUACCAAAGAUAAAUGUUAUUUAGUAUUUAUAUGAAAAUUAUCUGACACGUUGUGGCUUUAAUACUGUAAGAUCGUUUAUUGACGUGCCAAACUUAAUUUAUUACUGACUGCUGAGCGUACAUUUCGUAAUUGUGUGAUAUCUUUGAUUCUACAUAAAUAUAAAUAUAUAUAAAUAUUACUGAGGAAGGAAAUAUAAUUAACUUUAUUCGAGUUAUCUGUGUAUACAUAAGAAUAGAUGAACUGCCUAUCUAUUAGGAGAAAACCUUGUAAAAUGCUACAAUAUUUAGAAAAGCAAAACCAAAUGUACAGUGUACCAGAAAAGUGACAAACUUGAAAAGGGUUUACGAUAAAAAGAGGGAAUAAUUGUGUGUAAAUUUUCCAAACCUUUUUUAUAUUUGUUGGGAAGACAUCGGAUUGUACAAAGUCCAGUGACAUCAAUAAUAAUAAAACCUUCAUAAUUACAUGUUA